UUGUGCACAGGAAUUUGCCGUACAUUUGUCGGGUAUCGGUUAUCAUUCGAUAAAGGACAUCGACUGAUGAAAAAGUCGAUUACUUGGUAAAAAAAUCUUGGAUCGGUUGAUGGGUCAGCCGUAAAUGUUGCGCCUUGGACAAGAAUUCAUCCACGUUCAGCCAGGAGUAGUGCGAGAGCAACGAGAGAGACGAAGGUGACCCUCAACGUCGGCAGCAGCUAAUUUGCGCGCCAUCCUCUCUGCUCCUCCAAUGCCGAAGACGAGCAGCAAGACCCAGAAGCUCAAGCGCUCCAAAGACCCCACCAAGAAGGCACCCAAGAAGCUCAAGGUCAAGACCAAGAAGCAACGCCCUCGCCCCAAGCCCGACUCCGACUCCGAGCCGGACUCCGACAAGCUCCCGACCCUCCUCGAGCCCUACACCAAGGACCAGCUCAUCGACCUCAUCACCAGCUCCGCCCUCGCCAACCCUUCCCUCUACAGCCACAUCCGCGAGGUCGCCGACCGCGACGUCGCCCACCGGAAGAUCUUCGUCUACGGCCUCGCCUGGGAGGCGACGCCGCAAUCCCUGGCAGCCGCCUUCGAGUCGUUCGGCGAGAUUGAGGACUGCAACGUGGUGACCGACCGGGCGACGGGGAAGUCCAAGGGGUACGGUUUCGUCCUGUUCAGGACGCGGAAAGGGGCCGUGAAGGCGUUGAAGGAUCCGAAGAAGAAGAUCGACAAUCGGGUCGUGUCCUGUCAGUUGGCCUCGAUCGGCCGUGGCAGCACUGGCGUGUCGAGGGAUUCGAACUCGGCCGUGAAGAAGGUCGAUGUGAAUCGUUCGCGCGCUGAGGUGAAAGGGAAAAAUCAGGUGCAGGGGCAGCCUCAGGCUCCGGCUCCAGCUCCGGCUCCGGCAUUCACUGCUGCUCAGAAUUUGUCUGUGCUGAAUCAGUAUCCCGGCUUGCACCAGAUCUACGGAGGGCUGUUAGCAAACCCUGGUGCCUUAGGGUUUGUCAAUCCGGCAAUAGCUGGCGCUUUGAAUCAAAGUAUGUUGGCGUUGAGCCAAGGAAAUUUAGGUCAAGGAAUGGUGGCGACAACCCAAGCGGGGGUCGUUGGUGGUGGAGCCGGAGGUUCAGUGCUUGGAGCUUAUGGUGGGUCGAGUUCUGUCCCGCAGCUAAGCCUGCGGCAUUUAUAUGCAGCAAAUAUGCCACAGAGCGCACAGCAAACGGCUCCGGUGAGGGCUAAGGGAGGCGGUGCAUCUUUGAGUGGGUUUCCCUCACAGACUUGAUGAAAGUGCAGCUGAACUUGGGGAAUGAUUUUGCUCUUCCAUGAUGGGUGGGCGGAGUGCCUUUUACAUUCCUUUGUAGAACUUAAUACUCAUUGUCUCUCCCCCCCUCCUCUCUCUGGUUAAAUUGUCUCGUAUUUCUUUUGUGUAAGACUCAUCUUCGCUUUUUAAGGAAUAUCAACUUCAUAUUAUUUUUGUAGUACACCCCUUUUCUUUUCUACGACAAUUCCUAAGAUAAUUUUGCUAUUUGUGUUA